AGACGGAACAGAUUCGGAUUCUGUGCUGGUGAAGAAGCAUCGUUCUUAGCCGGAGAACCCUGUUCUAGAGACAUUUGCCGAUGUUAUUGUGCCAAUUGAUAUCAAUAGCCCAUAUCAUUGCCCGUGGUAUGCCCUCCCAGUGAGUUCAGAGUGAGGUGUUCCAUCGUAUUAACCUGUUCGCGCUUUGCCAGUGAAUCUGCGUUUUUUUUAGUUACUUUCUUCUUGUGAUUUCUAACAAUUCCCACAUUUGAGUGGCGAGUGCGAAAAGUCGAUGUUUGUUUAAUGGUUCAGGUUUUUUUUUUCGGUGUGAGAGAAGCAUCAAGAAAUUUGUUAUAUGAAACGAGUUUCUUUUGAGAAUUUUGCCAUUCUUAUGCAGAGGGAUUAACUGUGGCAAACUGAUGAAGAACAUUCAACCCAGCAAGGAGCCUUUCUCCAAGGGAAUUUAAUUAAAAGAAGGCCCAAGAAUGAUGAAAAGAUUGGGCCAUUCGCUGUUGUGAGCUACGUGAUUUUGGGAUGAGAAGUGGUGUGAGAAUAAAUUUGAAUCAGUGCUAAAUGCUGGAAGGUUCAAAGAACAAGUCUCAUUCGGCUGAAGGAGUGAUUCCGAGACACUCAUGAAUUUAAGAUGUUUGUGCGACACUGAGAAACGAGUGAGGAAUAAUGUUUGGAUCCAAAAUUCGAUCAUGGAUGGAAAAUCACAUUGGACGACCGAAGAAGAAGGGGAAUAAGAACAAAAAUGGAAACAGUGGCAAUUUGGCUGCGACAAACACCCCAAAUGGACACACGAAGAAAAGCUCACAUCAGGGAGAUUCAAGCAUUGGAAGUCCAGCACGACGACGUGAAGUCUCCCCAAUUCAGAACCAUGCAACAAGUCGUGUGGGCUGGCAAUCUCCACAGGAAGUAGCCAUGUCACCACAUUCAGAUCAUUUUGGAUACCGUCAGAUGGUCAAAUCGAGUUCAUCGCCCAGAAAUAUGCCUCGCAAAACCACCCAGCCAUCUACAUAUUCCAAAAGUGUCGAUGAUAAGAGUCUGGGGAAGGUUCCGAUGCCCUCAAAUCCCUUCUGCAAGCACCUUAGCAAUGUGCCAGAGAUUGAGGGUCAUUCUAAGAGAUCUACAAUUGCUGCCAAUUUAUCUUUCAACUCAUCUUCUUCCCCCUUUGCCACAAUGUCCUUCUCUACUUCUUCGGCAUCUUCAGGGGCAUCCACAGAUCCCAGCAUCCACAGAACUCUCCAACCAUCUGAGGUGAGGAGUGGCAGGUCAAUUGAGCGUUUCAGGGGUAAAUGCACAGAUAAGGAGAACUUGGGGAAGAACGCAGAUUUUGAGGUUUAUCCCAGUGGUCAUUAUGCAAAUCCUCAGGAGGAGGAAGGGCGCUACGGGAAGAUUUUGCCACGAAAGAACGACGACACCCUCGACAGGUACGAUACUGUUAAUGCCAAUGUUCACCUGGAGGCAUGUCUCCGGGGACCGGUAAAGAAGAAUCCCACUUUUGGUGCCAUCUUGAGUGCCGGAGGACUCAAGGGUACAAUUGUAGAAGUGAACAGGAAUAUCCUGAGGAUGAAUCAGCAGCAGAGGUGCACCUCAAAUGGCCUAAUGCCCCCCACGAAUCACCUGGCGCACGUCAUAAAUAGCCUGUCUUCACCUGAAAGUGCCUACUCCACUGGCUACUCCACCGACGGCACAUCGCCAGGAGCCUCCUAUACACCGGAGUACUACAUCAAUAUGCGAACGGGAACCCACUACUUUCCCAAAGGAGCCAAUGGCAUGCUGAUCGAAUCCAAUCGAUAUAAAUACGGCGGUCUCAACAAGAUUGAUGAAGGAGGCGCCAAUAGCAGCGGAUGUGAAUCCGUGGUGGGCAAUCAUCGUCGAACUGAGAGUUGCCAUCUGGAUAGUCGUGCUCCUGUGGUUAGAUGUCCGGCUGAGCGGAGCAAUCAGACUAAUUAUCUCCUGAGAAACAGCCUCCCAGCUGCUCCAAUUCUAGCUGGCACUAGUCCAAUUCCCAUGCAGAAGAAUCUAGCCGUGCAAUCCAGCUUGAAAUGCAUCGAGUCUCCAUCGCCUCGUCAACGUUGUAGGAUUAGGACAAAUCCCUGGUUCUCCACAGCCACCCAACUUGAGCUCCCCAAUGGGGUGCACAAUUCAAACUUUCUGAAUCACCGUAUCGAUCGUGACAACAGUUCCACAUCAUCUGGCGUCAAAUCCAGCGCCAGUGAUGCCGGAACUGACGAGAAAUCCGACAAGAACAAAAAUCCAAUUGACUCUUCCGACACGGAUUCAAGUUCGUCGACUGAGAUUGAGGUGAGCCGUAGGACCUUUUCACCCAACACCAUCCGGAAACGCAGAGCUGAGCUGGCGAGGUGCGAUACCAAUGGGCUGAGGAGUGCUUCCACCCAAAAUGGGGCUGAGAGCGAUGAAGAUGCCACCCUCAAUGAGAUGAUGGGGAAAUUCGACGAGAGCUACGUUUACGAGAAGGAAACAGACAUCCUCAGUGAUUCCGACCCAACGGACUGUUGUGCAUCGGAUUUGGACACGGGCCAAGAUGCAGGGGACGAAUGUGACACAGAUGAACUACUGGAGAUUGAUUUCAUUGAUACGGGCUCCAUUCAGGAAAUUACAGAUAAGGACCAAGCGCGAAAUACCGGCAGCUGCUCCUACCAUUCGUAUCAGCAGGACAAGAGGAACACCAAGAUGCGUCGUAGUCAGAAGCAUCUCGAGGAUUCCACCAGUAAGAGGCGGAAGCGUUUUGUGCGCAGGAAGAAGAGUUCAGAUCGGAAUCACAGUCACAGUUCUAGUCUCAAAUCUGCGCCAAUUUUGGCGCCAAGGGGAUGCAGAAGUGUGGGCGGGACGCCAGUUUGUCUCCGGAGGAAUCAGUCUGAAGAGAGGAAAGCACGAGAAAUCUCACCGCUUUCCAAUCGAUCCAAUUCUCUGACUUUCACGGAAAUUCAUUCGGUCAGGAGUCGUUUCCUGACCAUUGCUGAGAGUGAGAAAGCUCUCAUAAAGGCAGAUCUCGAAGCUGAUGUCAAGUACAAGCAGUUGAUCCAUGAGGCAGAGACCAUUUUGGUAUCCAUGAAGACAAAUGGACUCCGUGAAACUCCAACUCCUAGUCCUUCCAGGAGAAUCUGCAAUCUUCCCACAAAUAAGAGGGUUGAGAUGUUGAGGAAUUGCGAAGCUGAUCUAAAGAGAGAAACCCUCAAGACAACCUCUGGAAGAUCCCAUCCGGAAGCUGUGGAGAGUCAGAUGGAGAAUAUUGUCGUGAAUAAGAGACUGGAGAUUCUUCGUUAUGAGACAGCUUCUGCUCCGAAUAGUCCCAAAUCCUGUCGCUUUUCCCCUCGGAAAACCCACAUCACCAACUUCAUUCAGCAGAAUGUUUCCCCAACUGAGAUCCUAAGACGUAAGAAUGUCCCGGAACCUGUGAAAGAUACCCCUGAAGUUAAACUUCCGCCUAAGAUCACCGCCAAGCAAAUCUUCAGUCCUCCGAGGUCUCCAACUCCCGUUCGACGACGUAUGAGGUCUUCCCAGAUGUCCAGGGUAUCGAUUGAUUCAGAUUCCGACACUGAUGACAAUUCCACUAGACGGGAGAUGAAUGGGAACUGCGAGGUUGCUCCCAAGAAGCCUGAGAAGCAGAGCAAGAGCAAGAUACUCAAAGAUUUGGAUCACUUCAAUCGGAACACAGUCAAUGGGAAGGAAAAGCCUCCACUGAUGUCUUUCCGAUCUGUUGAUAUUGGGAAUGUCGAUGAGAUUGCCUACUGCCCGCAGAGUGAACCCUUGAAAAGGAAAAUCUACACCGGGAGUGCUUCUUAUGACAAAAUUCAAAAGAGCUUAGACAUGGAGUCCGAAAUCCCAAAGAAAGCCCUUCUGCACAAAAUAUCGUUGCUGAGGAAAGAGCGUCAGGGACAGAAGGCCCCAACUGAGGCCCUUCCCGAAGCCAAAGCCAAAGUGAUAGAUCCUGAGGAAGAAAAAUCCGGUGGAAAUCAGAAGCGUCAGCUGAUUUUGCACACAAUUGAGGAUCUCAAGAGAAGCCUCGAGGAUCAGAGCAUAGAACUGUGUGGCCUCAAUGAUCCAGAAGAAAAGGCCCUACUCUAACUUCCUCCCUAUAAACAUGGUAAAAUCGCAAUUUUCCCUCCUCUUUGAAUCUGUUGGAAUGAGAAAUGUUAUUGAAACACUGAUGAAACAUGAAACCCUUUUAGUUGAAUUGACUUCGUUAGCGAAAGAAAAUUGUUUAUUGUUGAUUUUUCUUUAAAAAAAAAAAGAAGCAAAUUUGAGAAGAAAAUAAAAAUUUUAAUAAUUAAGUGAUUGUAUGCGAAUGUAAAUUUCUCAGGAGAAAUUUUCAGAGAAUUUUUUUUAGAGAAACUCUUUGAUGCAUCUUUUAGUGACUUCUCCUAGAGAUCUUUCUUCUUAAAAAAAACUUAAUUAAGGAUACUUUCUUAUCAUUCAACUAGUUCUUAUUAAAGAAGAAUUAAGAAAAAAACACGUAAAACAUUCUAGUCUAUAGUGGUCUUUUAGUCAGAUGAAAAUUUUUUGAUAAAAGAAAAUCUAGUAAAAGCUCUUCAAUAGUGUUUAGGAGGAAAGACAUAAAAUUUACCAGUUUGUAUACUUUACUCAAAAAAAAAUUUAAGCAUUAAUUUAUGAAUUAACAAGUAGAAAUGUCCAUCCACUAGAACUGUAGUCCAGUAACAUUAGAUUAGUUCUUAGAUCCAUUAAAGAAUUAGCCAAAGUCACUCGAGAGAAAAAAAAAACCUAAUCAAUAUUUGUUUGAUUGACUGUGGAAUUUUUUUUAUUAGUCUCUAUAGUUUCCUAAAUUAUUCUUUUUUAGUAGACCUGUAGCUAUAAUUUGACCACAAAGCGCAUGAACUUUAUUUUUUGCAGACAUAUCUUGUCCAAUCUUAUGACUAAAACACCCCACCAAGCCACUCAACUAAUUUAUGCAACACACUACGGGUUCAGCGAGCUUAAACUUGUAUUAACUUUAAAUGAAAAAGAAACCUACUAAAUUUUGCAUCCUACAGAUGGUACCAUCAUGUGAUAAUUUCAUUUCAACUGCAUUUUCUUUCCUCACAAUGUCCUACUUUCAAUCAAACAAUAUAUUCACUAAAAAAUAACUAACUAAACACUCUAAAAAAAUAACCAACAAGGCAGAACAAGAAUAACCCAUAAGAUAAUCUACUCUUGCUCAAAACUAUUGCCCAUAACAAUAAUAGUUGAUUGAAACAAUAAUAGUUGGACAACAAAUCCUAAAAGAACAAACACUCAAAGCAAAGUAUAUUUUGCUAAGUAUACAAGAAUUAUUGAAAUAUUGUCAUAGUGCAUAGAAUUUUUGAAAUAAAAAAAACAUAAACAAUAACUAAUUAAAUGAUAAUCGUAAUUUUUCUAUUACGGGACUCUUUUGUAGUUAUUUGGCCUACAAUAAAUUUAAUAAAAAUAAAA